AUGGAGAUCCCCACCUUUCAGUCCCUCUCUGAUGACUGCCUACGCGUCGCCGAUGCGCUCUACAACGCAAGACACGACAUGCUGGCAGAAGCGGUAGACAUAGAAGUACGCAUUUUUCCUUGUCCGGUCUGCCUCUUAUGUUUGUUGCUGAUAACCGCUGAGGCGGGCCGCGUGUUGCAUCUAAGCUCCAUGGACCAGUGUAUGGAGACGCGCUUCGGUUUCUUCUCCAAUGUCACGUCUCGUGCCAUCAUUUACUUCUACCUCGGUAUAGAUCUAAACCGACACAAGCCCUGGUUGGAAGAGGCUAUAAGCUAUCCGCGAGCAGCUCAUUGGCGUGAACAGAUAGCGUCGGUGCUCUGUCUGCAGCGAGGAUUUCUGGUUUUGAGGCUCUGUGCUGCAGGGCUACUGUUCAUGGGAGCGGGAGUGAUUAGCAUUGUUUUCCGGAGGAGACAGGUGCCUCCUGAAGGAGAAGUUCUCCCCAACUACUAA